CCAAAUGCCUUACCAUUCUUAUUUCGUUAUUACAACCACCUUGUAAUACAAACACUAUUACCCUAUUCAAACGAUGAGCAAACUCGACUAAGACCGGUUAAAUACCUAGCCCAGGCUACAGACCUAAUAAACUUCAAACUCCUGGGCUUCCCUCCCAAACGCCUGACUUUCGGGGUAGGAACACAAAUCCACAGGCGUCUCCCAGGAAACGGAGCUCGCUCCGCCCCCUGACCAUUCCCUCACUUCCGUCCUGCGCACUGAGACUCCAAGAGGAACGCGUUCUAUUUCUGAGAUGGCCGCUUCCCGGUUGCCUCCAGCAACGCUGACGCUAAAGCAGUUCAUGAGAAGGCAACAAGUUCUCAUGCUCUACAGAAGGAUUUUGCGAGCAAUUCAGCAAGUAUCAAACGAUUCUGAUCGCAAGUACCUGAAGGACUGGGCAAGGGAAGAAUUUAAAAGAAACAAAAGUGCCACUGAAGAGGAUGCAAUCCGGAUGAUGAUUACUCAAGGCACUAUGCAGCUAAAGGAGUUAGAAAAAACACUUGCUUUAGCAAAAUCUUAACUAUAGCAUUAUUCUGAAGGAUCUUCAAAUCUCCGUGUAAUUUGUUGAGCUUAGGCUUAACAAUGGACAGCUCAAAGCCAAGUCAAACUGUAUGUACAGUACUUGAGCAAAAUAUCAAGAUAGAAAUGUUGUGUUAUAGAGAGCAGAGAAAAUCACAUUGAAGUGAUUGCCUCAGGACUGAAAAAUACACUUGAGUUUUGAAAAUG